GCCGUGGGGAUCAGCUAUUCGCAGCCCUCGCCCCUUUCCGCGAUUGGACGGGCCAGUUCCGCGGGGCGGGGCCUUGGGGAGAAAAGGCACCUGCGGGGAUCGCGGCCGGAGGGCGAUGGAGGCGGCGGCAGAGACAGGGCUGGCGGGCGACUCCCUGGAGGUUUUCUUGCUGGCGUUUGACCAGGCGGUCCGGGACUUCGAGCAGCGGGGCUCUGCUCGGCCCCCGACGCCCCGGGAGGCUUGGAAGGCGGCGCUCGGGGGCAGCCUCUACGAGAGCGGCACCGACGACUCGGGAAGCAAAAGCAUCUCGCCCGGCAGCAGCCUGAACAGCAGCGAGGAGGAUCUCCGAGCUGGUGGGGCUUCUUCCCAGCCUCCUUCCUCCACAGCUAAGCUCGGAGACACCCGCGAACUGGAAGCGUUCAUUGCAGACCUGGACCAAAUCCUGACAGAAAUGUGACCAGCUUCGCUCUUCAAGACGAAAAUCUGCCUGCUGACGUCUUGCUGAAUGGAACCAGCCUUUUUUGCCCUGGGAGAAGCCCCCCACCCAAACUCCUGACACAUCAGCUAUGACUGCCCCGAAAGCCACCCUACCUCGCAACUGGCUUCUCCGCAGGGAAGGUAUCGCAACUGUUUCCCGAUACUCUGUUGGUCUAGAUAGAAGUCAAAGCAGAAAUCCAGGAAGUCUGGAUCCCAAAGGUGUUCUGCCAGUGGAUUUAUUUUUGAAAUUCCACUUGGAGGAGAAAGCCGGAUUGCUUUUUGAAAUGUGACGGGGACUGUUGAUACGGAGGGGAAAACUUGGGCAGGGGGAUGUCCCUUCGGUUGCUGGCCUGCUGAGGGAGACCUUCGAAGGGGGCUUGGUCAGAGGGGCUGCAUCUCUUUCUGCCUGGAGCUCCUGAAGGAGAGAAGUGGGGGGGAGGGGCUGGCUUUUCUCUCAGGGGGGGGGGAGAGGGGGGGGGGAGGGGGAGGAGAGUGUUAGGAGUUUCAUCGGAGGAGGUGCGUUGGGCCACAGUUGGGGUUUUAUUGAUUCUGGUUUUUAUUUUUUGUAUAAUACUAUUCUAUGGUUGUGAGCCUCCCAGAGUUCUAGUUUUAAGAUGGA